AUGUCCCAAUUUCCCGACCUCAGCCGUCUCGAGAUGCACUUCCUCGACGUCAUGCUGCACAAGCAGAUCGAGGUGGACAAGUAUCUCAUCGGGCCCAGCUUCCGCGACCAGCAUCUCCAGGCCUUUGCGAGCCACCUCACCGCCGGCAUGCCCCUUCUCAGGGAUGCCUUCAUCGCCUGCGCGUCCCUCCUCGUCGGCAACCAGAGCCUGCGGCAGCUCGCCCGCGGCCAGCAGAUCGGGUUCAGGCGCGCGGCCGCCGCCAUCGGGUCGCUUCGCGUGUCUCGCGUCGACCGCGACGACGACCUGUCCACGGUGCUCAUACUAGGAGUCGCCGUCGUCACGUUUGCCCUGCACCACUCCGGCACGCCACUCGCGCUGUGCAGCUUCAUCCUCGGCAUAGCCAAGGCCAUGUACGAGCGGGACCGCGCCCUGCCGCGGAGGAUGGGGUCCGACUGCGCCGCCUUCCUGGUGUGCCUACUUGGGACGGAGAUGGAGGAGUGCCUCAUGCGAUGCCGGGUGCCGACCUUGAGGGUCUGGGAGGGCGACAUGGACCACCUGGUCGACCGCUUCAUCGGCAUCUCGGCGCCGCUUUUGACGCACUUUCACGAUCUGUGCGUACUGGGCUAUCGAAUACGCGAGUCUGGCUGCCGUGAGCGCGGCGACCCCCCGGGCGACGCCCUCCUGAAUGACUUGGCGAGAACUCGGAGCAUAUUGGCCAACUGGCGGCCAACCGUCUCCGCCGCGAAGCUUGGCACAUACUCUGAAAUCGAAGCGAGCAUGAUGAUCGCGCAGUCCAAGGUGCUGCAGCUGACUGCUCUACUCGUUGCGCACCGUCUACGGCAUCCGUUUGGUAACGACGAAGGGGCGCUCGCCAUGUCGCGGACUGUCCUGCACGAGCUCGACGCGGUGGUCCAGAGGACAGGCCGCUCCAUACCAUUUGCCGACUUGGCGUUCCUGGUGGCCGGAUUUGAACUUACAGAGGCCCAAGAGAGGAACGCGGCUCUGGAAAGCUCGUACCUUAUCGUCGACUUUUCGCCGCACGUACGCGACGAAGAGGCCGCUUGGCUCGUCUCCUUCUGGGCAGCCAGAGAUGUCGCCGACCAUCACAUAUACUGGGACAACAUAGAGAGUUUUCUCGGAGGCACAAUUACUACUCAAACAUGA